GUACCUUUAAUUUACCACGUGUGUCGCGUGUGGAUCAAACUGUGUGCGAAAUUGUCUACACUCAUUUUUCAGGAUUGUCAUGUUUUACUAAAUAUUAGCUCUCAAAGGACCCAAACAUGGAAGAAGCUACUCCAAGUCAGUUGUUCCCACAUGUAUUGAAAUAUUUAAUCCAAAAUAAACUGGAGAAGGCUGCAAAAUGGUUCAAAAAAGAAACGGGAACGCAUCCUCCAGACACUGAUCAGCCAUCAGUCAUGGAUUUCUACAAGGCAUGGUGGAAGAAAGAUAAGACGUCAACUAAAAGAAAAGGCGAGAGUAGCCAGGCAGCAACCGGUGGACCUCUUGCAAAGAAGGUUCGAAAGAGUGAAACGAGCAGUAGUGAAUCAAGUUCGGACGAUGAAACGCAGACGACGUCAGUCAAGGCACCGGUAAAAAAAGUUGCAACCAGCUCAGCAGGACUGAAAAGAAAGAAUGCAGAAUCGAGCUCGGAUGAAUCAAGCAGCGAUGAUGAACCAGCGGUUAAACCCAAGAAAGUUCUUAAAAAAACUCCUGCCAAAAAACAACAGGAGAGUUCAAGCAGCGAGGAGGAAUCCAGUGACGAUGAAAAAACAGUUCAGAAGCCUGCAAUCCCUGCCAAAAAAGUCCCAGUGAAAAAGCAGGAGUCGAGCAGCGAAGAAAGUUCAAGUGACGAGGAAGAGACACCUGCUCCAAAAGUCACACCAAAAGGUAAAACGACGAAGCAACAAAAACAGGAUUCUAGUUCCGAUUCAGACUCUUCCUCGACGGAUGAAGAAGUAGUAAAAAAGAAUGCAGCAAAUUCCAAAGUUAGAAAAGCUGUUAAGGUUACACCUGUUCCAUCCAAGUCCAAACCAGCUGAGUCUAGCAGCUCAGAAAGUGAUUCAGAAGAGGAGGUAAAGAAAAUGCCAAAGGCGAAGCAAACGCCAAACAAGGCUAAAACAGUACCGGUAAAAAAGGCAGAAUCAAGCAGCUCGGAUAGUGAUGAUGAUAGCGAGGAGGAUGUUGCCCCUAAACCAGUAAAAGUUGCCACACCAAAAGUGAAAUCAACUUCAAAAGUUACCCCAAAAGUUACCCCAAAGGCCCCUAUUAAAAAGGCGGAGUCGUCUGAAUCUUCUGAAAGUGACUCUUCGGAUGAUGAGAGUGCUGCUAAACCGGUGAAAGCUACCCCAAAAGGUGUCAAGGUGAAUGUGAGUAAAGCCAAGGUGCCUGCUGCAAGUAGUUCAGAGUCUGACUCGUCAUCAGAGGAAGAAGGUGAAAAAGUGAAACCAGCUCCGAAGGCGACCAAGGUGACCCCCGCAAAGACUCCUUCAAAGAAGAAGCCCGUCUCAAGCAGCUCUGAGAGUGAUUCCUCAUCAGAUGAAGAGGAAGCAAGUAAGAAGACUCUAAAUGCAACAAAGUCUCAAACCAAGUCUCCUGCGGCUAAGAAGCCGGUCGAAGACAGCAGUAGUUCAGACUCAGAAAGCGAUUCAGAUGUUCCUGCUCCCAGCAAAACGGCCAAAUCUCCUGCAACUAAGAAGCCAGUUAAAGAUAGCAGUAGUUCAGAUUCAGAAAGCGAUUCGGACGUCCCUGCUCCCAGCAAAACGGCCAAAUCUCCUGCAACUAAGAAGCCGGUCGAAGACAGCAGUAGUUCAGAGUCCGAAAGCGAUUCAGACGUUCCUGCUCCCAGCAAAACGGCCAAAUCUCCUGCGGCUAAGAAGCCAGUCAAAGACAGCAGUAGUUCAGAAUCAGAAAGCGAUUCAGAUGUCCCUGCUCCAAGCAAAACGGCCAAAUCUCCUGCGACUAAGAAGCCUGCCGAAGACAGCAGUAGUUCAGACUCAGAUAGCGAUUCGGACGAUGCUGCUCCCACCAAAACAGCCAAAUCUCCUGCACCCGGUAAACAAGCCAAAUCUCCUGCGACUAAGAAGCCAGUCGAAGACAGCAGUAGUUCUGAAUCGGAAAGCGAUUCUGACGAUGCAGCACCUAGCAAACCUCAAACCCCCAAAGCAGUGAAGGUUAAUGGCAUUCAACAUGGUAAUGACUCUGAUGGCAGUAGCGAGAGUUCCGAGUCGGAAGAGGAAAAGACGCCAGUGGCGAAGAAACAGGUCUUGACAAAGAAGAGACGCCAAUCCUCAAGCAGCGAAAGUGAUAGCGACGAGGAGGAAGAUAGCCAGAAGGAUAUCAAAGGAACACCAACCCAAGAUGUGAAGGAGACACCCAAAACACCUAACACAGUCCCAAAGAUGAAGAAGGGGAGGAAGUCCAAUGAACCAUUUCGCAGAGUAAAAGAAGAUGAUCAUGAGGUUGAUUGGCGUCUCAAGGACAAUUCAUUUGAUGCUAAGAGAGGAGCUUCUGGUUGCUGGGGAGAGCGAGCCAACAGAGAUCUGAAGGUAGUGAAGGGCAAGGCGUUCCGUCAUGAGAAGACCAAGAAGAAGAGAGGCAGCUAUAGAGGCGGGCAGAUCUCCACCACAAUCAACUCCAUCAAGUUUGACAGUGAUUGAGUGAUUGCCAUGGAAACAGACCUCGUGUGGACAUCUGGCAAAUGGAAGAGGGGAAAAGAUGACUUCUCAAAGUGAAGCCAAGAAAUCAGUUUUGUAACCUGCUGAUGGCCAUCAUGACACCUUUAAAGCCCCACUGCACUACUUGUAGGUACUUACGCCCUCUAUAUAGCCAACAAUUCCUAAGGGUACCUGUUGAUCCCCCGUGGUACCUUUUUUCUUAUGUUAAUUGAGAGCUGAUUUGAUGAUAUAACCACCUGCCAGCUACCACAAAGGGAGGUCUAAUCCCCCUGGCCAAACUAGGGCAGACAGGCUUUAAGUGAAUUAUUUUUCAUAGUUUUAGAGUAAAUAACUUUUAUGAUUUCUUUUUAGAAUUUGUUAUAUCCAGACGAUCAUGAUUUGUUUCUUCCUUUUUGACACUUGUACAAAUACUGAACUUCACAUUGCAUUUUCUAUUUUACAAUUAACUCUGUGAUUUGAUGCUUGGCAAGGGGGAGGGUUGUUAUUAUAUUUUGUAGAUAUUAUGCUUUUACUCUUAUUGUUUCAUGUUUUAUUUCAACAUUGCUUUAUGUUAUGUUUAAAAGGUGUUUCUUGAAUUGUAGUGUUUUUAUUAUUACAGUGUAAUUUUGCUCUUACCUUUUGUAAGACAAGGUAUUUCUUAUUUUUAAACAUGUUUCUGUGUCAUUUACAGGACGGAAAAAGGUCAGGUUGUUGUAGACAUAUAAUUUCAAUUUUAUGAUGAAUUAAUGAAUUGUUGGUUAUUUGUUCUAAUACAAUUCUGAAUUGUGUACGAUUCAUGUGAGAAAAUGUUUGUUUUGAUGCUACAGGGUAACAGACAAUCGAAUUGUAGCUAUUUAGUUUAAAGAUAAGAUUCCCAGUAGGGACCCAUGACCACACAUACAUGUAGCUGCAUCACUUUCCUGGCUGUGUAUUAAAACCUGAUUUAUUGAUUCUCAACAUUUCAAACACCACUGUACAAAACUCGACCUGAUUUCACUAAAAAUCAGUACUUUAGUGACAAUUUAUGACACCAAAAUAGCAGUAAAAUACAAUUUUUUUCUUCAACUUACCGAUGUUAGAAAGAAUAAUUCGAAAAUUCAAAUCAUGAGUCUACUGUCAAACUUGCUUACAGCCACAUCAUCUUCAUUAGUGCAUGUGUGUGUUAUGUGUGUAUUGACUUGACUAUUCAUGUGUGCAAUUGCUGCCUACCGUAUUAGCACGUAGUGCAGUGCUAGAGGUCAAUACGCAUUAGCAUUGACUUUCUAUGCUUUGCUGGGGUACCCAUGACAGGUUAUGUACAGUGUUGGACUUGUUGGUCAAAGGAAUGAUCUGAGUGCAAAUUACACUUGAUUACAGGAUCUAUUCGCACUCAUGUUGAGGCUGUAUGCAUAUAUCGGCUUUGUACGAUAGGUGCAAAGACAGCCUUAACAAGAUUGAGUAAAUCCUGUUAUGAACAAAUUAAAAUACCGUAUGCAUCAUUUUUUUUAUACACGACUCCUAGAUCCUUGUUAUUUGAUGUAAGAAGAUUUUUUUCAAGCUAGUUUUGUGUCAUCAUCGCUGACAUAUAAAUCUCAAGUUUAAAAGGCCCACUUUAGCAUGCACACCGAGAUAAGCGCACUUACCUCUACCCGCGUUAAUGAGCAUUGCUACCCAUGAAUUCACAUCACACACACAGUAUACCUGUACGCACGUAAACUACUCUACUACACGUACUGCUGCGCAUCACGUACUUCAAAGUCCUUAGAUAGUACUGGGAACUAUUGCACGCUUUUUCAUGAUAAAUUUGUAAUGAUCACACGUGACCAUGUUUGACCAAUCCUUGAUUAGGAGUGAGUUGUAUAAAAUUCUUUAUUUCUUUAUUCUAUAUACCGUAAGUUUAUAUGUGUACAAAAUCCAUAAGUUUAAGUCCUUUAAAGUAGGGGGCACCAUUAAUUCACAAAGAUUUUCCAAAUUGUACUUUGUAAAGCUUGUGACAGUGGCAGUGUUCUAUCGAUAUAAAUAUAUUGUCCUAUCUGAGUGUGUAUAUAACUUAUCUGGACAUUGUUAUUCAUUUUGGUACUUUAAAUGGACAUGUGUAAAGCACUUUGAUUUAAAUGUGAAGAAGUAACAAUUCAAUAAAUUUCUCCUGAAAUUUGA